CAGAGAAAAACAAAAGUACGAUGGCCUAUUAUCUUCCACUCUUUCUCCUUUUCUCUACUCUCUCUCUCCUCUCAUCACUUGUUUCCUCCUCAGCAGUUCCACACCCUGACCUAGUCGCCCAAGACGUACACAGGCGAAUCAAUGCGUCCAGAAGAAACCUGGGCUAUUUGUCUUGCGGAACCGGGAACCCCAUAGAUGACUGCUGGCGUUGCGACCCGAAUUGGGAGAAAAACCGGCAAAGGCUGGCCGAUUGCGCCGUCGGGUUUGGUAAGGACGCCGUUGGCGGAAGAAACGGCCGAAUCUACGUCGUCUCGGACUCGGGGGACGACGACCCAGUGAACCCCAGGCCAGGUACUCUCAGACACGCCGUCAUACAGGAGGAGCCACUGUGGAUAGUCUUCAACAGAGACAUGGUGAUCAAUCUGAAGCAAGAGCUUGUCAUGAACUCCUUCAAGACCAUCGACGGAAGAGGAUCCAGUGUUCAUAUUGCCGGCGGCGGCUGCAUCACCAUCCACUACGUCAACAACGUCAUCAUUCACGGCAUUCACAUCCACGACUGUAAGCCCACGGGGAAUGCCGAGAUCAGAGACUCUCCCACCCACUCUGGAUUCUGGACGGUGUCGGACGGCGACGGCAUCUCUAUCUUUAACUCGAAGCACGUGUGGGUUGACCAUUGUUCCUUAUCUAACUGCCACGACGGGCUCAUCGACGCCAUCCACGGUUCAACGGCCAUCACCAUCUCCAACAACUACAUGACCCAUCACGACAAGGUGAUGCUGUUGGGCCACAGUGACGAAUACACGCAGGACAAGGACAUGCAGGUGACUCUGGCGUUCAAUCACUUCGGAGAAGGGCUCGUGCAGAGAAUGCCGAGGUGCAGGCACGGGUACUUUCAUGUGGUAAACAACGACUACACUCACUGGGAGAUGUACGCCAUUGGAGGGAGUGCAGAUCCUGCCAUUAACAGCGAAGGGAAUAGGUUUCUCGCCCCAGAUGAUAGGGCUAGCAAGGAAGUGACGAAACACGAGGAUGCUCCAGAGAGCCAGUGGAUGGACUGGAAUUGGAGAUCGGAAGGUGAUCUUUUCUUGAAUGGGGCAUUCUUCAGGCAAUCUGGUGCCGCCGCUUCUUCACCCUAUGCUAGAGCCUCCAGCCUCAGUGCUAGGCCGUCUUCUCUGGUUGGUUCUAUCACCAUCAGUGCUGGUGCACUUAACUGCAGAAAGGGCAGUCGUUGCUGAUAAGCUAAGCACCGUUGAAUUGCUUUCUUAGCUAAAGAAUAACUCUAGGUAGGGAAUCUUUAUAUACCCUUAAAUCGCUUCCCAGCAGUUUCAAUUCCUAUAUAGGCUUAUAUUUAUAACAACUCAGUUUUUGCCUUGUUCGAAUAGACACAGUCCUCACACACACGCAUCCCCUGAGCUAAGUCGACUUCACUUCAAUUUAUUGUUCCAGCCUCUGUCUUUUGCCUUUUAAUGGCACGAAUGGGU